GAGAUGUUUAUUAUCAAUUUGAAUUAUUUCUGUGCAUUUUUACGUCUUUGCUAAAAGUCUAAAAUGAUUCUUCAGAGUCUUUUUUUUCCUCCACAUCAGUCCAACACUUCUGCAUUUUCAAGGGAUUUACAUAGUUUUGGGCAGCAAAAGGUAAAAAAAAUUACACAGUUAAAUAGUUUGAAGUUUCUAAUGAUCAUCUCUAAAGUUGUUCUACUGGGUUCUGUAGAAAGAAGAAACCUGCUGCUCCAAUAGAAAUCUGCUACACAUCCAACAUUGACAUGAACAGUGUAGUAUUUAACUGUGAUGCUGUUCGUGUGGAUUCUUCUUCUCGUCGUUUUAUUUUCUGUCCUCUCAGGUCGCGGUUACCCCGGCAACCAGCAGUCGCUCAGGUCCCGACAGGUGUCAUCACGAGCGUCCAAUCACAACUAUCCUCGCUUCAGCCGGGACUCGAGUCCUGCGCAGGAGGACCAAGUGGACGGCAGCGAAAAGCCGCAAGAUAUCCGGGCCAUGGCUCUGCCGAUGGGCCUGAGGAGAGCUGUUCGGUACGAAGCCGGUUCUGUGGAUCUGGAGGAGGAGCGGAUCAAGCAGCAGGCAGCAGCUCUGACACUUUCACAGCGAGCACUUUUAUACUCCCUGCGUGUCUGUAUGUGGUUCGUGGCUCUGGGGCUCAUUGCAGCAGCUUUCUACGGCAUCUUUGUGGCCACGAACUUCAGCCAGGAACGAAGCGGACAAGCAGGAAUCCUGGGUUUGAUCUUUGAGUAUCUGCCGUCUAUCGUCAUCACGGCUGGAAACUUCGUGGUUCCUCUGCUGUGCGACCAGAUCGCUUUAGUGGAGCGAUACUCUCCCAGCACCACCAUCAUCCUGGCUCUGCUCAGAGCCGUGUUCCUGCGUCUGGUCAGCCUGGGCGUCCUGCUCCUCACCCUGUGGACUCAGAUCACCUGUGACGGAAACAUGACCAGUGGAGACUGUGAGCUGUGUCACUACAACUACAAAAUCUACCCGUGCUGGGAGACCCGUGUAGGUCAGGAGAUGUACAAGCUGACGCUGUUCGACUUCCUCAUCAACAUCGCCACGCUGGUUCUGGCUGAGUUCCCCCGAAGGAUGCUGGUGGAUAACUGGUCCAGUAGGCUGACGCAGUGGUUCGGUCGGCAGGAGUUUGUGGUUCCCUCCAACGUUCUGGGGCUGGUUUACGGUCAGACUGUGGUCUGGACCGGAGCUCUGUUCUGUCCUCUGCUGCCGCUCAUCAACACCAUCAAGUUCGUCUGCCUCUUCUACUGCAAGAAGAUCACACUCUUCCAGAACUGUCGACCAGCCGUGAAGACGUUCCGGUCCACCACCUCCAACUUCUUCUUCCUGUUCGUGCUGCUGCUGGGCCUCGGCCUCGCCACGCUGGUCAUGAUCUACAGCCUGGCUGUGAUCCAUCCCUCUUUGGCUUGCGGUCCUUUCCGAUUCCUCCCCAACAUGUGGUCGACUGUUCCGACUUCUUUCUACAACCUGCCUGACGUCGCUCAGGAGUUUCUCUUCUUCGUCGGCUCGCAGGCUUUCAGCAUCCCUCUGUUCACUCUGUCAUGUGUGGUGCUGUGCUACGUCAUCGCCUUAGCGUCUGUCUACGGCAAAACUGUUGCACUGCUCAGAACUCAGCUUAAACUGGAGGGCCGAGACAAGCAGUUUCUGGUCAAACAGUACGAGAAGCUGCGACGACAACUCCAGAUAGCAGAAGACAGCGCAGGACUCUGAACACGACAUCAGGACCACGUUCACGUCACACAACCGUCUCUAUGAUCUGAACAACAUGACGAGCCGGCUGGAAGGACUCAGUCUGCUUUAAUGCACCACAGAUGUUCAUCAGCUCUUUAGAAACACUUAAAAAAUUGAAAUUAAAACCUGCUUAUUAUCAACCUACCUAAGAUAUUGGGUUAAAUUCUACACAUUUCAUGCAUCUUCAAUGCAUCUGCAAGCUCAUUCCUUUGGUCUGUCCAUGAAAAAAAGAUUUGUACAG